AUGGAUCUCUUCCGUCGACUUCACCAGAACUCAUAUCCGCCCCGGCCAUCUCCUCUAAGCGGUUCUCAAGAGCCGCGCGAUGAUCGUGCUCGCCAGCCCGGCAGUCUCUCGUCGGCCCACGACCCUCGCCGUCGCACCGAUGGCGACAAGGCCCGACUGGCCAGUCGCUACGAAUACACGCCCACAUCGGAUCUAUACUCGCCCGGUGUAUCAAGGGGGUCGCAAGGGGUCCGGGGUGAGAAUGCUGGGGCGGCGAUUUCUCCGCCGCGGAACCAGCAUGCACACCAGCAUCGGCGGAAUGCCAGCCUUGAAACGCGGCAGCACGCACAUGCGCAUCGUCGAAAUCACUCCCAACCGCAAGGAGCCCAUUAUCGCGAAGGUUCGUAUUUCCCUUGGCCUGUCCAUACAGGUGUACUCCUCUUUGGGGAAUAG